AUGAACAGCAGCAAGCCCACUAUGAACCGUGGCAACUGCACCCUGAAAAUCAGUCUUGCUGCACCACAGGGAUGGAGCUACAUCGCUGGUGAUGCGGUCAUUGGCAUUGUCUCUCGCCAUGCACCGACUGUCACAUCCGAAGCUACCGUCAAGCUGGCUUUGAGGGGACGAGUCAAGACCCAGGUCACAAAGGGAUCGGGAGCGCCCUACGAUAGACACCAGGAGGGGCCUAUCUAUAAGCAGCUUCUACUCCCUGAGCAACAUACCUUGUUCCAGGGCCCUCUUCAUAUACCAGAUAACAAUGACUCUGUCUAUUGGCCUUUCGAAAUCAGGAUGUCACCCUACUCCCAGGACUCGGAGUUUCAAUUCAACGGUGAUCUGCUCCCGAGUUGGGAGGAAAUCGCCAGCUCUCGCUUGCCAGGAACAUUUUGUUCUGUUGGAAGCUCCUCAUCAGCGUGCUGGGUGGAGUAUUAUCUCGAAGCCGAGAUGCGAUACGUCGAGAGAGGCGAGCAAAAGGUCUACACUUCAACAUGUCCCGUUCAAGUGCGACACAGUCCAGACACUAUUUUCACUGGAUUUGGCAGGCAACGAAGGACCUUGAACCGAAGUAUUCGAGGCCAACAGUUGCUGUCAGUGGUACACCAUGAAGAACGCUCGUUCGUGCGAAGAACAAGAGAAUUUUUCAUACACCCAUCAAACAGCGCUCCAGAGCUUCACUAUAAAGUCGAAGUCUACGCACCAGCUACCGUCCAACUUGGUAACCUAUCAAAUAUCCCAUAUAAGCUGAAAUUUGAGCUCCUACCGCAGACCAGCAACGCUUUACGGGGUAUCGAGCUGAAAGUCCUCUUCAACUCGGCCAAGUUUGUCAUACGAUCCGAGACGAGAGUGACCGCAGGAACUUCAGUUCACUCACCAUCCAGUAUUCAUUGCUCUCUUGUCGAUCUCGGCCUUGAAGAGGCUUUCAGGAGACUUGACGCUUUCCCGUUGAUGAUUCCCUUGACCGACAAGAGCCAGACUCUAAAUCUCGGCAAAAUGCUUCAGCUUACUCUGCACGCAAGCGGUCUGAAAGCAGGCGAGAAAGACGUUGCUGCGACGGGUCAUAUUACACCUACCUUUUCUACUCAUACUCUGCGGCAUUUGAAUACGCUGCAGGCGGAAUUCUCGGUUACGGUCGCGGGGUAUACCACCCGGCUGCACGCGAGCACACCAAUGAACAUCUUGGCGGAGUUAUGA